AUGGAACCCGCAGUGGAAGAAGCAUUCCCGGAGAAACAGCAUCAUCGUGAGUUAUGUAACUUGACACCCAUAGCGAGAAAUCAUUGAAACACGCGUGGAACUCACCCUUCUUCCGCUUUGCGUAAAUCAUCAGCCGUGGCUUUUCCAGCACUUUGCAAUAUUCUAAUUUUUGUACCAGAUGAUAUUGAGGAGAACCCGAUAGGACGGGCUUAGGGAAUAGUGCAGCCUUUUCAGCCUUUCAUGCAGAUAUCCCCAGAGUAACUAAUCUAAUUGGUCUGAAACUUGGGCCUAAGACAUUUCAAUCCAAGUCUUAAGAAACCUGCAAAGUUUGAGUCCGAUCCAUGGAUAUUGCAACUGGGCUAACCGUCCGGCACCAUGCCGAGUUGGCAGAAUAGCGUAAUCCAAUUUGAAAGCAAAACCAAUUGUUUCAGCGUUCCUCCACUUCCGCUCGCGCCGUCUCCAUGUCGUCCUGAUGCUCAUGUACGCCUUCUUCUGCAUGUGUCAGAUGACCGCACACAUCGGAUUAUCGCUUUCCUGUAUGUGCAAUUCGACGGCGGCCGCACUGAUGAGCUCAAAGUGGGGUGAUGCAAGAUGUUGACUGCAAACGUUUCUUUUCCGUUUCAGCACUUCAACAUCGUCAGUGGAAGGGACCGAGGCUGUUAUUCUGUCGGCAGUCACAGAGAACAGAACGGAUGGGGCAGCGAGUUGCACUAAAUUAGAGGGCAAAGUCGUCAAGGAUUAUGGGGUGAGCGUUUGAUUGGCCAUUUUAUGAUAGGAAAGGGAAGAGUGCACUUUUGAAAUUUGAAUGUUUUCAGGGCACGUUCGUCUGGUCGGUCACCUGGCAGGGAUACAUUGUGUCGGCGGCGUUCGUCGGCGGAUUCCUCUUCUCCUACCCGGCCGGCUUCCUCGUCGAUCGAUUCUCGGCCCGUCACAUCCUCUCCACGGCCAUUACCAUUCUCACAGUCUCCUCCAUCCUGAUGCCCGUUCUGGCCACUGUUUUCGGAGAAAAGGGUGCUUUCGUCAGUCGGUUCUUCAUGGGAAUCAGUGAGACGAUGCUCAUUCCGGCGCUCAAUUCGAUGGUCACCAAGUGGAUUCCGGUCAAUGAGAAGAGCAUGGCGGCUUCGGUUUUCACCGCCGGAAAUCAGCUGUCCGGAAUGUUCGGGAAUGUGCUCGUGGCCGAACUGUGCGCAAGUUCUCUCGGCUGGAGUUCCAUUUUCUACAGCAGCAGUCUGUUCGGAAUCACGUGGCUGAUCCUCUGGCACUUCACAGUUCGCAACUCGCCGCACAACACGAGAUGGAUUCACAAGAGGGAACUGGACUAUCUGGCGAACCACAUGCCCCCAAAGCACAAUCCGAAUGGCGCGAAGAAGGUCACUCCGUGGAGCGAGAUGAUGAGCUCGAAGGUUUUCUGGUGUCUCAUGUGGAACAGUAUAAUUGGAAACAUGAUGAUCGCACUGAUCUUUGUGUACAUUCCCGUCUACUUUAAGGACGUUCUCAUGCUCGAUGUUCAGUCUGUAAGCUUUUCAACUUUGUCUCUCAUUCUAUUGUGUCUGUUCAGAACGGCUUCUACUCUGCAAUUCCGCACAUGUCCAACUUGAUCUCCAAACUAAUUUGGGGUUAUCUCAUGGAUCACUUGAAAAUCAAAAAGAUCCUCUCUCCGACCGGCACCGUGAAGCUCUCCCAAUGCGCUUCAAUGCUCGGCAUAUCUGUGUCGUGCUUCUUCCUCCGGUACAUGAACUGCUCCACUCCGUUCUACGCUCUCAUGCUCCUUAGCUGUAAGUCCGAAUAAUUUAUGCUCCCGCUUACCGGUUCCAUUCCAGCUGUAUCCGGGUUCUUCGGUCUCUCCAUCUCUGGCUUCUACACAUCCCUUCUCUCCAUUGCUCCGUCACACAUCGGAGUGCUCACCAGCCUUGGAUCUGUCAUUGGUAAGCCCUUUCCCGGUGCCCUCAACUUGUUCACAUUCUCGUUUCAGGAUUCCUUGGCCGAAUGUUCACUCCCCUCAUGAUCUCCUACUACAAAACAGUCGGAACUGCCGAAGAAUGGGGCCACGUGCUGCUUAUUUACGUGUUCGCCUCCGUUUCCGGCGCCAUCGUCUUUCUGUUCUUCGGCUCCGGCGAGAUUCAAGAGUGGGACUACUCGAAGCGACAUCACAUGGCACGUCCGAAUGCUCUUGUGGCUCCUGUAGAAUCUGAAAAGGAUCUCGAAGAUUUCUAA